UACGGAAGCCCGGAAGGAGGGGAGGGAGGCGGUGGCUCAGGUUUCUCCGGGCGGCGGCGGCGGCGGCGGCGGUGGCGGCGGCGGCGGCGGCGGCGGCUGUGGUGGGGACGCGGCUCGCGCCGGCACCAUGAACCCGCUGUAACGCGCAGGCAGCGCGGCGCGGGGGGAGGGGGGAGGAGGAGGCCGCCGCGGCGAAGUUCUCCGCCAUGAACCUGAGGGGCCUCUUCCAGGACUUCAACCCGAGUAAAUUCCUCAUCUAUGCCUGUCUCCUGCUGUUCUCUGUGCUGCUGGCCCUUCGUCUGGAUGGCAUCAUUCAGUGGAGUUACUGGGCUGUCUUUGCUCCAAUAUGGCUGUGGAAGUUGAUGGUCAUUGUUGGAGCCUCAGUUGGAACUGGAGUCUGGGCACGAAAUCCCCAAUAUCGAGCAGAAGGAGAAACGUGUGUGGAGUUUAAAGCCAUGUUAAUUGCAGUGGGCAUCCACUUGCUCCUGUUGAUGUUUGAAGUUCUGGUCUGUGACAGGAUUGAAAGAGGAAGCCAUUUCUGGCUUCUGGUCUUCAUGCCGCUGUUCUUUGUCUCCCCGGUGUCCGUUGCAGCUUGUGUUUGGGGCUUUCGACAUGACAGGUCACUAGAGUUAGAAAUACUGUGUUCUGUCAACAUCCUGCAGUUUAUAUUCAUUGCCUUAAGACUGGACAAGAUCAUCCACUGGCCCUGGCUUGUCGUGUGUGUCCCUCUGUGGAUUCUCAUGUCCUUUCUGUGCCUGGUGGUCCUCUAUUACAUCGUGUGGUCUGUCCUGUUCCUGCGUUCCAUGGAUGUGAUUGCAGAACAGCGAAGGACACACAUAACAAUGGCACUGAGCUGGAUGACCAUCGUCGUGCCUCUCCUUACUUUUGAGAUCCUGUUGGUUCACAAACUGGACGGCCACAACGCAUUCUCUUGUAUCCCGAUAUUUGUCCCUCUUUGGCUUUCCUUGAUCACUCUGAUGGCAACCACAUUUGGACAGAAGGGAGGAAACCACUGGUGGUUUGGGAUUCGCAAGGAUUUCUGUCAAUUUCUGCUUGAAAUCUUCCCGUUUUUGAGAGAAUACGGAAACAUUUCCUAUGACCUCCAUCAUGAAGAUAAUGAGGAAACAGAAGAAACCCCAGUUCCAGAACCUCCUAAAAUUGCUCCAAUGUUUCGGAAGAAGACCAGGGUGGUUAUCACCCAGAGCCCUGGGAAAUACGUCCUCCCGCCUCCCAAAUUAAAUAUCGAAAUGCCAGAUUAGACACCA